CUCGGAAGAACAUGAUAUACUGGGCAUGGCAGAAAACAUAAGGGCACAAUAUAAAAAAGCUUGCGCUCAAUUGAAAAUAUCAUCAACAAAUCCAUAUGAUGCAGGAGUUUCCUUCUGAAAAUUUUGGUUGCAAGACUACAACAAUGGAGUCCACUGUACACAAGUUACGUCAUAAUUUAGACUCCAUUACUACAUUCCUAAAUCCCCUGCUGCCACUAGCUAACUGUCAUAUGGUAGAAUUCUUUACUCAAAAUCAUUGGGAGUCACUUGUCCCUAAUGGCUUGAGAGAGGCAAUGGCAAAUUGGGGUUUUACAACAACAGUUGAUAAGUUUUGGAACAUUGCAACAGAUUUCAACAAUAAAGACAAAACUAAACUCGGUGACUGGAUCAACAAGGCGCGUUCACACUGCAUCACCAUUAACAAUGAUUAUUGCCUAACAGUUGAGCAACUGCAGGACCGUAUCAAGAACUGGGGAGGUGAAGUUAAGCCAGAAAUUAAAGUCAAAGAGUUUAUGAGUGGCAAGAAAAGUUAUGAGGUACAAACAAUGUCUCGCCUUGUGGCAUCGUUGUGCAGCGUCAGUUCAUCAAAUUGCUGUGUCGAGGCGGGCGGCGGUCGAGGACACUUGCCUGUAGCACUGAGCCUCGGGUAUGGUGUACCUAGCCUUACCAUCGAUUGCGACGUCAAAACAUUACAGACAGCGACCGAAAGAAUCAAAAUUAUACAGAAACAAUGGCAUGCUAUAGCUAAAAGGAUAAAGGAUGGCAAUGAGGAAUGCAUAUCGGAGAGUAUCAACAAGAAUCUGCAUAGAUUUGCAAGCGCCUAUAUCACCAAGCACACUGACCUUAAAACUGUAGUUUAUGAGAAGUUUCCAGAAUUCGCCGGUAGUGACACUAAGUUACUACUAACAGGUCUACACACAUGUGGGAAUUUGGGUCCAGAUUCUCUGCGUAUCUUCACAUCUCAAGACUCCAUUAGCACUAUCUUCAAUGUACCCUGCUGUUACCACCUCCUCACUGAGCGAGUCGAUUCGGGCCUGUUUGACAUCUUCCAGAGAGACUACGGUCUAGGACAUGAUGUAGGACAGGGGUUUCCUAUGUCGCAGCAUUUGAGAAAUUACAAUCUUGGUCGCAACGCAAGGAUGCUAGCCGCCCAAUCCAUAGACAGGGUUGUAUAUCAGAGGCAGUUGCCAUCCAAGAGUUUGCUGUAUAGAGCUUUAUUAGAGGUAGUAAUUAAGAAGUAUUUACCCAACGUCCCACUGCCGGAUGGCAAAUUGAAACGCAUUACUCCGAAUAAAUAUAACGAUUUCAGAGAAUACAUCAAAAUAGCUGAUUCUGUAUUAAAGAUAAAGCUGUUUGAUAUUCUACCCGAGUGUCAUUUAACUGAUAUUGAAGAAAAUUUGGAUUCUCUAUGGGAAAAAGUUGUGUUGUUCUAUUUGUUAAGGUUGUGUUUAGCACAGGUGAUAGAAAGUGUAAUAUUAUUAGAUAGAAUUUUGUACUUAUACGAGAGUGGUUUUGAUAAAGUUUUUCUGGUCAAAUUAUUUGAUCCAGUGCUGUCGCCAAGAUGUCACAGUAUUGUAGCUGUGAGAUAAUUUGUAAAAUAUAAAUUUGUAUGUACAACAUUUCUUCAGGGUUUAAAUAUUUAUUUAGGGUUAAACAAUAAUCUGAACCAUUAUUAUUAAGAAAUGGAAUUAAUUUCAUAAUUGAACAUUAGUGCUAAAUUGCCGAUAAGACCGCAUUUAUUGAUUGUAUACUAAUAUUAUAAAGAGGUAAAUUUUGUGAGUUUGGAUGUUCCGAAUAAUCUUCGAUACUACUGAUCCGAUUUUGAUUCUGUUGGAUAGCCCAGCCUAUAUAUGCUAUAAACAAUAGCAAAGCGGUAGUCCAAAUAUUACAAAAACGGGGAAAAUGUGAUUAAGACGAAUUUGCAUGGGUCCACCUAAUUUUUAAUAUUUUCAAUUGUCCACUUUACGUCUUUAGAUACAUUAGUUUUAUUAAUACUGUGGGGUAUAAUAUAUGUAUAUACCUUAUGACUGAC